CCGCAGUACAGCUACAGCCGCCGCCUGCAUUGUAGGCAUGUGCCAGGUGGGCGAGGAUUACGGGGAGCCGGUCCCCGAGGACACGCCGCCGCCGCCGCCGCGGCCUGGCUGGGGGUGAGAAACUGGAUCCUGUCUCCUGGAAGCCCACCAGCUUAAUCUGCGUUCUGUUCUCCUCCCCCUACACCCCAUCUUCAAAGCCGUGAGCAGAAGUAUGUGAAGUGGUGUGUGAAGUGCAAGAAAGGUGUGCCCGUCUUGGUGAUCCGGGCAGGAGAUGCCUUCUGCAGGGACUGCUUCAAGGCAUACUAUGUCCACAAGUUCAGAGCUGUGCUCGGGAAGAACCGGCUCAUUUUUCCAGGUCCUUCUUGCAUGGUCAGGGGGGCCGUCGUCCAGCUCCAUGCUUCGGCAAGUCCUGGAGGGCCUGAGUCGAGAGUCGGCCAAGCAGCUGCGUUUUGUGCCUGGGGUUGUUUAUGUUGAUGAGGGAGCAGCCUGUGGCCGGAGCCUGGAGGACAGAGCAGAGACCCUGGCUGAGGUGCGGUCGAUCCUGCACUCCACCAGCCUACCGUGGCAUGAUGUCGCCUUGGAAGAGAAGGUGUUCGGCCUGCCCCAGUCUGUGCUGCGGCACUUCUCCCAGGAGCCAGCCUCGGGUGAUGGGGCCUACAAAGAGGCCGUGGAUGGCUUCAUCCGGCAGCAACAAGGUCUGGGGACCGAGGGGGCCAGGGACAGCCCUAGCCCAGCCCUGGGCGGGGAGCAGCCAAGCUGGCCCAGCCCCCACAACUCCCAGAGCCCAGCAAGGCCACCUCUGGCUGGUGAGACUGAGGCUCUGUGCAGACUGUUCAACUCAGUGCAGACACUGACCACCAAGGAGGAGCUCCUGCAGACCCUUCGGACCCAUCUGAUCCUGCAUGUGGCCCGAACACAUGGCUACUCCAAAGUGAUGAUGGGAGACAGCUGCACCCGUCUAGCCAUCAAGCUCCUGACCAACCUGGCACUGGGCCGAGGGGCCUUCCUUGCGUGGGACACGGGCUUCGCAGAUGAGCGGCACGGGGAUGUAGUGGUGGUGCGACCCAUGCGGGAGCACACCCUAAAGGAGGUCGCCUUCUACAACCGCCUGUUUGCCAUCCCCACUGUGUUCACGCCAGCCAUCCACACCAAGGCCCCAGAGAAGGCCAGCAUCCACCGGCUGAUGGAGGCCUUUGUUCUCCGGCUACAGGCCCAGUUUCCCUCUACCGUCAGCACUGUGUACAGGACAAGCGAGAAGCUGGUCAAGGCACCCCGAGCUGGCCAGGCUGCCAGCCCCUCCCGCCCCUGCUGCCUCCUCUGCCUGUGCACACUGGACAUUGACAGUGCUGGUCUGCACCCUGGUCUGGGGGUGGGGACAUGGGCUCUGGUCAUGCUCUGGUCUGGGGGCAGUAUGGACCUGGGUCACAUCCUGGUCUCUGGGGGACCGUGUACCUGGGGUUGGAAGGCAGAUGGGCUUGGGUCUUGGUCCAGCAGCCCCGUGGUCCCCAGGCCCUUCCUGCCCUCUCCCUUCCAUGUCCCAGUCCAGUCUCUGCUUGCAGAUAGUGCCACAGCUUUUGGGGCCCAGACUGCCACAGCCCUCUCACUGAGGCAGGCCCAGGCCAAGGAGCCCACAGUGCCCUGCUGCUCACCAGGGCUCUGCGGGGACCAGGGUUGCUGCAGGGGAGUCAGGCCCAGCGAGAGGGAGGAACUACGAGCCCGUGUCAUAGAAGAGCUGUGCUACAGCUGCCGCGUGAACAUGAAGGAUUUGCCCUCUGUGGACCCCCUCCCACCCUACAUCCUGACUGAGGCUCAGCUCCGCAGCCGCAGGGCCCAGGCCACACAAGAGAUCCGGGAGUUUCUGAUAGAGGAUAGUGAGGACGAGGUGGAGACAGGCCAGAGCUGAGCCCCUGGACUGCAUCCCCUGGACUGCCACUGCUCCUGGGACAAAGCUGCCCAGCCAUGCCACUUAACCAGAGCCCUCCGCAAGUGCCUGAGCACAGCGCUCUGUAGGGCGAGCGCCGCAGGAUGGGGGCUGUCCACACUGGGCAGGAGCUCAGAACCAAGGCUGUCCCAGCAUAUAAUUGUUCAUUUG